ACUAAUGUAUGCUGACGCCAGUGGAUGGAUGAAUGGCCUCCCCACCUAAUAUCCAGCCUCUGAACCUGGAGGCCGCAGCAUCCUUGGUACAAAAUGCAGGUCAGAUCCAGGUUCAGCUGCCCUCAGCAGGUCAGCAUCCUCCCUUAGCCACUGCUGUAUCCACACCAUCACCGACUGCCCUGUCUGUCACCAGUCCUGAAGGCAUUGACUGCUAUGGCAAUGAAAGGCAAGCUCUGACAGACCAGGGAAAAUUCUUCAACAAUUCCUUACUGAGUGAUGUUAUCCUUGUCGUUGGAGGAAACCGCUAUUAUGCGCACAAGUUGAUUCUAGUCCGAUCCAGUGAUGUGUUUGAGAGAAUGCUCAGCAACCAAUGGAAGGAUUCUCAAGAAAAAGAGCUAGAACUAGUGGAAGACAGUAUAUGUGUGAGUAUGUUUCCUCGAUUCCUUACUUUCCUGUACAGCUGUCACAUUCGGCUAAACAUGGAAAGCACACUGCCUGUGUUAGUCCUCGCUGACAAGUACAAUGUGAAAGAUCUACAGGAAGUGUGUAUCAACUUUGCAUGUUCCUGUAUUAUACCAAAACUACAGCUUAAGGAUGUGUUUCAUGUUUGGUUUCAAUAUGCCACUAAGUGCUACCAUCAAAGACUUAUCAGCUCCUGUGUGACUGCACUUUCAGAAAAAAUGGACGAUAUCAUCGCCUCUGUCGAGUGGGAGAGAGAAUGGGGUCACCUUGACAAAGAACAGCUCAUUGAAUUCUUGAAAAGUUCAUCUCUUUCUAUCAAAGAUGAAUUUGAGUUGUGGAAUGCCACCUUGAAAUGGCUCCAUUCUUCGCAGCAUCCAAAACGUCUCUCUCAGUGUCUAAAAAUAGUUGUGGAAUACAUCAGAUUCCCUAUGAUGACACCAGAACAGCUGACCGAAAUAGAAAGCUCAGAGAUUGUACUUAAAAAUAAGGAACUGUUUCAAAAACAUUUCAUGACUGCAUAUAAAUACCAUGCUCUGCCAUUAACACAAAGGUCGCUAGUUAAAGAGUUCCAUGGACCCACUUUCCUGCUGCGUAACUACACAGAUCUGAGAUGGGACAAGCGCUUUGUUGUGCCCAUGUUCUCAGCCAUACCUAGAGGGGCAGAAGUGAGUUUCCGCUUCACGACACGAUCAUCCACUUUCCCACCUCAGACAUGGGAAUGGGAACUCAAGGUGUACCCUAAAGGGUACUCAUCUACUGCUGAAGACUUCCGCUGUGUGAUCUACUCAAACCUCAUCCUUGACCAGCCCCGACCUGUUGAGUACCUUCUGUCUGUUGUGAGUAGGUCAGAGCUUAUACAUACAGUAUCAGGGAAGAAAAAUUUCUCAAAAACAAGGUACACAGCGGAUACUGAAAUGGACAAGAAAAUAACUGUAGCAGAGCUCACUGAGUUGAACUCUCCUCUGUUGGUUGAUAACACACUGGUUUUACAGAUAACUCUAAAGCCUGUGGAGUGAUCAUAGCAACCAACUCUUGGAGGGCCCCAAAUAUACUGUCCACCUCCAAAGGAUCUCAAAGUCAGAAGUCAUCAAUGGGCAGAAAAAUGGAUGAACUAUUAUAGAAGUCAUCAAUGUGAGGGAAAAUGAGUGCAAUAUUACAACAGUCAUCAAUGUGAGGAAAAAUGAGUGCACUUUUACAGCAGUCGUCAAUGGGCAGAAAAAAAAUUGCACUAUUAUAGUAGUCAUGUUAUGUGCACACUAUUUCAAUUUUCAUUUAUUGAUUAAAAAAUGGGUGCACCUUUACAGAAGUCAUUAAUGGGAGGGAAAAAAAGUGCACUUACUACAGCAGGUAAUAGAUUGUAGUGCAGAACAGAUCUGCUGCAUAUUUUUGAUUAAUGUUGCAGCAACUGUUUGAAAAGCAAAGUUACUGCGAUAAAUUUACAUUAAAACAUUAAAAUAAACAUAUACAAGUUCCUUGUUACAGUAGUAACCUAUGUGUGGAAAAAUGAGUGAACUAUCUCAGUUUUCAUUCAUUGAUGAAAAAUGGUUGCAUUAUUACAGUUUUCAUCUAUGGGAGGAAAAAUGAGUGCACUAUUACAACAGUCAUCAAUGUGAGGAAAAAUGAGUGCACUAUUACAACAGUCAUCAAUGUGAGGGAAAAUGAGUGCACUAUUACAACAGUCAUCAAUGUGAGGAAAAAUGAGUGCACUAUUACAACAGUCAUCAAUGUGAGGGAAAAUGAGUGCACUAUUACAACAGUCAUCAAUGUGAGGAAAAAUGAGUGCACUAUUACAACAGUUAUCAAUGUGAGGGAAAAUGAGUGCACUAUUACAGUUUUCAUCUAUGGGAAGAAAAAUGGGUUCAAUAGUACAACAGUCAUUAAUGGGAGGAAAAAUGGGUGAACUUUUACAGCAACAUUUAUGCUCUAUUACAGCGGAUAAUUGGAUCGUAGUGAAGAACAUAUCUGCUGCAUAUUUUGGUAUAUGAUGCAGCAACUGUCUGAAAAGCAAGGGAACUGCAAAUAAUUUACAUUAAAACUUAUGAAUGAAUACAAGUUCCUUAUAUUUCCUACA